CUUGGCAUCUAACUCCUGCUGUCAUAGGCGAGCUGUGAACUUGCAGGCUCAUUCAGUCACUGCCUUUCAUAACAAAAGCACUAGUUUUGGAAAAAGUAAAAACAUUAUUAUUUUCAAUAAAUAUUUUUCGAACUGGAGUGUUUGGCAAGAAUGUUUUCCACCAAGCAAAGGGCCCUGGUUUUGGCGGGCGUUCGAUCCUUUCGUCUGGGUGCACAUCAUCAGAUGCUGGGCAGGACCAAGGGCUGCGACAAGACCUCGGCCACGGUGCUCACCAGCCACCUGUCCAAGGACCAGCAGACGGAGCAGCUGCCCGAGGAGCCACGCAAGCCCGAGGAGCUCCUGCAGCACCUGGGCCCCAAGCGCAACGAGCUCGAGCAGCGCAAGAUCCGGCGAGCCCAGUACGAGUCCAACCUCAAGGAACUGCUCCACCAAAGGCCGCCGGACUCUGAGAUGGCCAUCCAGUGUGUGCCCUUCGUCAAGACUGCCUCCGGCCCGGAGAAUCCCCUGAAGAGGCGCUACGACAGUCCCGAAGCGCUGCUCGAACAGGUCAGCGAUCCCAGGGAUUUGGCCAAGGAGGUCAUCAAGUUGUCCAGGGAACUGCAGACGGAGAGGCAGAAGAACGAAAUCAUCAUGCAGAACUAUCUGGACCUAGAGGAGUCCUUGGUUCUGAAGAACUCACCAUCCACUGCCCCCAAGAAGCCCAGCAACGACCCCAAGUCUCAGUCCAAGUGAAAGCGGCAGUUUCCAAAUAAUCGGGUUUGGCGAUUUCCAGCAUUUCAAAUUUUUUGUAACUUUUGGCAAAUCUAGUAUAUUUUAUACAAA